GUUUCUUUGAUAUUUUUGAUGGCUGAACCAUCUAGUCCACACAAUGUGGAGGGUGAAAACCCUGAACAGCCGAUAGUGGCUGAGGAAGAAGACGAGGAUGAUGAUGUUGAUGUUCCUGGUGGUGGGUUACCGGUGUUGAAGUGGACAAAAGGUAGUUUUAAAACCCUGAUGGCCACUGUUCAGAUGGCCAAAGACUGGAAUGCUACUUACCCACAAGUGGGGGACACCGGUGCCGAUGCUCCGGCCGGUUAUAUAACCUUGUGGGCGGAUUUUUUCACCCACGGUAACCUUAGGUUGCCGGUGACGGUGUUUGUGGCGGAGGUAUUGGAGUAUUAUCACCUCCAUAUCUCCCAGCUUAGUCCUUUCGGAAUGUUCCGAAUUCGGAAUUUUGAGUAUACAUUCCGUGCCCAUGGCCUGCCCAUUUCAGUGGAGAAUUUCCGGCGUUUCUACCAGUUGACGGUGAACACCGGUUUUUUCUCGUUCACUCAAAGGCAUGGGAGUCUGAAGUUGAUGACACCCCCUAAGGGUGUGACAGGCUGGAAGAAGAGGUUCUUCUACGUGAAAGCCUGUGCGGUCUAUGCUAACAUGUCUUUCAGGAACGUCGAUGUUGGAGUUUCCGAUGAAGAUAUUCCUGUUGCUUCCGCGAAGACCGCGGAUUGGUUCGCUAGGCUGCGGCCUAUUGAACUCAAGAAGUUGGAUAAUGACCAACUAUGGAUAUUGCGGAUGAUGCUCUCUAGACCGGAUAGGAAGGAAAGGCCCGUGUUGCGGGAACAGGGUGGUGGUAAGCUCGUUACCCUUUGUUAUUUUCCUUAUUUCCUAAGCCUUUGUGAUAACCUGCAUGCAUGUAUCAGUGGAUGCGGUUGGCUUGUGGAGGAUGUUUGAGCCUGAUUUUAAGGGCCAGGUUGAACUGAUCGCGGUUGAGCUGAAGAAAGGUUUCAACCUUGAAAUUCUGAAGAACUUCCGCGUACCAUCGAAAGCGGUGCUGGAAGCCCCGGUUCCGGGAGACGCAAGAGGUGUCCUUGCGGAUUUGGGGAAGUUUGAGAAACGCGUCCCCAAAAAGACUGUGGAGAAGAAAACGGUAAAAAAGACCGUGCGGGGUCGUGGUAAGGGGAGUGUUGAAGGCUCAGCUGCCCCUUCUUCCGUUUUCGAAGCCGCAGGUAGUGGUGCGGCCGCGGGUGGAACUGCUGUGGUUCCCCCCGUUGUUGGAGAGAAAAGGGGGCCAGAGCAGAAAGCUGCUGGUGGUGGUGGACCGAAGAGGCGGAGACUGCAGACCAGGAGAGUUGCUCCGGUGCAGAAGAAACCUGCAGUUGCUGCUGGUAAGUAUAUCCCUUUUCUUUGUUUUGUAUAUACCAUGGGUGGGAAAUACUCAUUGAAUACUCUUUGUAUUGCAGAAUCCCGAGAUGCGGGGUAUUCUUUUUUUGACAUUCCUGCGUCUCCUCCGCACACCGCUGCCGCGGGUGCGGGUGUAACGAAAGAGACGGUCGCGCCCAAGGAGCCUGUGGCCCCUUUUGUUGGGCCAGUUCGUGAUCCCCCUUUGGAGAAGACGGUGGAGGCGACUGUUGACCGGAUUUUUGAUACUGUGGACUCCUCUGACAAUCUAAUCUCUCCUGAUGAGGGUGAUGGAUUGAACUUGAGGUUUUCAGAUGCCGGUAAGCAGAAGUCUGAUGCUGAGGUGCGGCAGCAGGAUGCUGAGCCGCAGAAGUCUCCUGCUGGGGAGAAGGGUAGCGGCUCGUCUGCUGGUGAUGCAGGUCACGACGGGCCUCCAAUUCAGCCUGGGGAGUCUGAAUUGGAGUAUUACUACCGCACAUAUUCCCCGGGUCGCAGUAUGGUAUAUCACCGACCUCCCUGGACUGUUAUGCAGGGGGAUGAUAUCUCAAAUGACCCUGCGGCCUGCAAGGAGAUUCUGGGUGGUCUGGGCACCCCUUUUGAAGUUGAGCGUGCCCGUGCCGCACCCCGAGAGCUGCGUGUAAACCAGCUCUCGUCAAUGCUGGUAGGUACUUCCAUCGUGGCUAAUGCCAUUUUGGAAGAUUAUAAGGUGCUGGGCCGCCGCGAGGAGGAGGCUGCUCGUAUGCGGGCGGAAGCCGAGAAGUUGGUGCGUACCCUUGCCAAACUCCUUGCUGAUGAGCGUAAGCAUUGGGAGGAAAUUUCAUCCAACGAGCGCAAGAAGUGGAACGAAUCUUGGGCUAAGCAGAACAAUCUUCUGUUUCAUACUCGGCAGGAGCUAGCAAACGCCAAGGCGGCAAAUGUUGCCUUGGGCAAUGAAAAAGCUGCGGCUGAGGCCGCAGCAGCUAAAGCGCUGCAGGCAAAGGAUGAGGCCCUGAAGGCUGAGGUUCAGGCCCGGGCGGUUGCGGUUACGGACCUUACUGCCCGUGUGUCUGAUGCGGAGAAGCGAGCCGACGCUGCCGUUGAGGCCAAGGAUGUCUUGGUGUCCUCUUUUAACCAGCUGGAAGCUGACCGUGAGUGGCUGCGGACUCACGGCAUUGCGCGUAUUGUCGAGGCUAUAAUGAAUGCCCCUGAGACCUCAUCUGGAUUGGACCUGGUCAAGGAACGUGCGCGCGAGGCUGGCUUCAAGGCUGGUUUUAACCGCUGCAUUGGGCACAUCAAUGUAUCGUAA